AUGUUGUGUAAAGACGCAGAAUUUGGGGAGAACGAGCUUCCAAUAGUCUCGUUGUGUUUAAUUGCCGAUAAAGCGAGAUGUCCGGCCAAUUUUACAGCUGUAAGUUAAUUCAUUUGUGUGAUUAUAUGUUUAGAUAACUAAAAGCGCUGACGAUGGAAGCGAUGCUGAUCUGUGGAAGGAUGGAUUUGGCUUUGGAAUAUUCAACAGAACUGUUAGAUAUCUGGCUAUUUCACGGAUUGCUCCUGAGAAUGUAAGCUUUGGGUGGCUUUACUAUUUUUUUGGGGUUUUUUCUAAUUUACUGAAGGGAUAAUUAGUAUUUGUAUGUUGUUUUAUUUAUUAAUUAAUCUUAUUUCAGACGGCACAUGAGGUAAUAACAGAUUUAUCUGUGAUUUCGGAAAAAGAAGCUGUUCCAACCAAUUUUGUAUGCAUCGAUUACACUGCUGACACAAGUAAGUUGAUUUCUAUGCUUUAUAUUUGACUUUAAAGAUUUCGCUCUUUUAAAAAUGGUAAAAGGAUUCAAAAAAGAUAACUUUUUUUCAGUUUUUGAUUUAUAAAACGUUGUUAAGGUUGCGAAAGGACAAAUUUAUAAUUUUUGCAUUUUCAGAAGAAAGAGCUUUGAAGAAAAAGUUUGUUUGUGUCCGGUUUACACCAAGAAGUGAUGCCCUGGACGCUCUAACUGAUGUUAUUGUACAUACUAGACAUAGGAAACCACCAAAGGGCUAUACGUUGGCUGGGUGAGUUGUUUGUCAAAUUUUUUAGCGUUAUAUAUAACUGUUAAGCUUCUAUUCUUUACAGACUAAUAAUAAUAACAUUGACCUUUGCUUUUUACCUUUGAAAAUCUAGGUUUAACUAUUGAACUCUGUAGGAGGCUGUUUUGAAAGUACUUUGAUGUGCUUUGAUUUGAAUAGAAGUUAAAUAGUAGAAAUAAAGUCAUAAUUGUUAUAGGGAAGUAGAUGGUGCUUAUAUUUGUUUCCGGGUUCAGACCAUUCCAGAGAAUUAUGGAGUAAAGCAAAGGAACCCACAGCCGUAAGUUUACUUCGGGUUUUUACUGUGCAGUAAGUCAAUUUAGAGGUAUCGCACUUUGAAGUAAGUCAAGAAUUUUUAAAUGGCAGAGGAUGAUACAUGCAUACAUUUUUAUUUUUAACCUAACUAUCUUAACCGAUUUUCUGAUUAAUAUAAGUCAUAAACUUAAUAAAACCUCUUCAGCUCCUUAUACCCAUCACUGGAUCCAACUCCCCUACCACCAGGCACCUCAAACCCAUUACCAAACAUUGGUGUGUGCACAAUCAGAGCAGGUCAACAUCCGAUUAAGGGUCUGGAAGGUAUCGAGUUCAAAUUGAAUCCUCGCUUGGUAACGACAAAUUCAUCAGGUGCUAAAGAGCCGGACCCAGAGCUACCGGAUCAAUACGACUUCAGUUACAAUUUCAAUCUAGAGAGAUCUUGUUUAGCCUAG